AAUUCUAAUAGAGACCAAACAUACCCUUUCCCCUAUCGUUUUGUCCAAAAUAGAACUCCAACCAUGAAUGUACAUUCUGUCCACAUUAUCUUCUUCUUCUCUCUACAAACCCCAUGAUGCUGCAUAAAUUACAGCAACAGUGAUGCAGACAAUUAAUGGCUUCUCUUCUUCUACUUCUUAUUCCCGUCACACCCUGAAUUUUCUUUUUAGAGUUCUUUCUGUUUCUGCCAAAAAACCUCAUCCUUACUCCACCAUCUUUUCUUCUUCUUCUGUUCAUCGCCUUCAAACCAAACGAACUUCCGCUCCAAAAAACUGUGAGAAUCCUAGUCUCAAAAGACUCACUUCUCGAAUAGUUGAACUCACCCGUAGAAAACAACUUCACCAGGUAUUUCAGGAAAUUGGGUAUGCAAAGAAGCGAUAUGGUAAGGUGAAUACAAUUGUGAUGAAUGCCGUAAUGGAAGCUUGUGUUCAUUGCGGUGAUGUUGAUUCAGCUCUUCGGAUCUUUCAUGAGAUGGAAAUGCCUGAUAAUUGUGGAGUUGAUACUAUUAGUUUUGGUAUCCUGUUGAAGGGCUUAGGUGUGGCUCGAAGAAUAGAUGAAGCAUUUCAGUUAAUUGAAUCAAUGGAGCGACCAACUGUUUUAGGAAAUCCAGGGAUGUCACCAGAAGUGAUCUAUGGGUUUUUCAAUGCUCUGAUUGAAGCAGGGGAUCUCCGCCGUGCUCAUGGACUUCUUGCACGAUAUCGUGUUGUGCUUCGUGGAGGAGGUCCGUCAAUCCAAAUGUACAACUUAUUAAUGAAGGGGUAUAUAAAUGCUGGCUGUCCUGAGGAUGCUUUGGCUGUACACAAUGAAAUUCUAAGCAAAGGAAUAAAGACCGAUCGGUUUACUUAUAAUACUCUUUUGUUGGCAUGUGUAAAGUCUGAAAGGAUGGAUGCUGCAAUGCAGCUAUAUGCUGAAAUGAAGGACGAAGCGCAAAAAAUUGGAAGCCAUUAUCUUUUUCCAGAUACUGUCACUUACACUACGUUAAUUAAGGGCUUUGGGAGUGCCAAGGACUUGCAUUCAGUUCUAAAGAUUGUGAUGGAAAUGAAAUCAUUGCCCGAUCUGCUUAUUGAUCGAAUUGCAUACACCGCGAUUAUUGAUGCCUUGCUAUCUUGUAAUUCAACUAAAAGUGCGAUUUGCAUAUUUGGAGAGCUAUUGAAGCGAGCAGGUGGGAAUCCAAAACUGCGGCCAAAACCACACCUUUAUCUUUCUAUGAUGCGAGCUUUUGCUCUUAGAGGAGAGUAUAGUAUGGUCAAAAGUCUUCAUUCACGCAUGUGGCCAGAUACUUCAGGAGUCAUCUCUACUGCACUUCAAGCAGAAGCCGAUGAACUCCUUAUGGAAGCAGCAAUAACUAAUGGUCAGGUUGAUGUGGCUAGACGGAUACUCUCAAAUAUUGUCACGAAAUGGGAAUGCGUAUCCUGGACAAACAGAGGAAGCAUGGCUGCUGUAAGGGUCGAGGCUUUAUCUGGAUUCACCAGAUCUGCAUUUACCCCUUACCUCCUUCCUCAGGUAUCUCUGGAUGAUCCAAUUGAGACUAUAAUGAGACCGUUUGGAGAAGCUCAGCCAUUGCUAGUCAACUUAGACGUGGAGAAUGUACCAAUGCGAUUCUUCAAAGAUGAAGUUGUCCCUAUUAUUGACGAAUGGGGAAGCUGUGUAGGAAUUGUUCAUCGGGAAGAUUGCAAUCAGCUGAACACAUCUCUAUCAUCAAUCAUGCGGAGCCCUCCCCGUGUUACAACCUCAACAUCAAUCGGCAGAGUCAUAGAAUUACUACUGGAGAAGAAGUACAAAAUGAUCAUUAUUGGCAGGCCUCCGUAUGAAUAUGAUGGGACUAGUGGUGUUUACAGGUCUAAUUUAAGAGCAGUUGGUGUUUUUACAUCUAAACAAUUAUUUAAUCUUGCUGUUACAGAAUCAGAAGAGCUAGAACCUUGUAUAUAUGUACAGCAUCAACAUAAUUGCGAAUAAAAAGUCACAAGUGUUGGCUUUGUUGUUGGUAAAUUGUUACUAAUAUUGACUUAUAAAGAAAUGUUAUCUGUGGUUCGCUUGGCUACC